ACACAUCACUCUAUUCCACACGUUUUAUGACUUUUUGUAUGGUCGACCAUACAAAAAGUCAUAAAACGUGUGGAAUAGAGUGAUGUGUCGACAUAAAAAAUUUAUUCUCGAUCAAUGAAACACCGCUAAAGACUAAAAAUUUCAGAAUAUACUCAAUUUUAGUAGGGCUACAAACUUGCGAAAUCAGAAUUAAAUUUUAAAAAAGAAAUUGAGCAAGCUUUACUGGUCGUCUCUUUAGUUCGUCUCUUGGGUGUACUCUCCUAGGUGUAUUGACUCAAUCUAAGUUAAAGGUUGGCUUUGUUCUUCAUUUCAACAAAAUCUUAGACAUACACUUAAGUAGUCAUAUUGACCUGACUUUGUUCUAAAUCCAUGAAACGCCAUCUUAAGCUUAGCAUUCAGAAUUGUCCCAGAUAUAGUGGCGGCGCGAAGAUGUUAGAACAGGGAGCUAUAGGUUAAUUAAAAAACUGGAAUAAGUUUCUCAUAUUUUUACUAAAAUUCCGCGCAGCAGUGACGGCUGUAAAGCGACAGACUAACAAAGCCUUGGCUUCUGUCUGCAUUUGAGCGCAUGAAAUUAAGAAUAUUGAUAUAGAAGGGCGACAUCUGAUGGACUGCAUUUGUGGAUGGUUUAGUAUACCAUGUUUGCGAUUGAUUCAUACACAGCCUAUCAACGGUUUUAGCGCGUAGGACAAAGACGAAAACACGUAAGAUUUGAGAAAGUGUGAAGACCAUGAACAGAAGUGUCAGCUAGCCAGCCGAUCAACCAAGUAAUUUAGAUUCAAAAUGAACAAUCUCGUGUCCCUAGUACCGAUCUAUGAAAAGCAGAUAACUGAAUGAAGUAAGAGUACCUCCUGCUUUUUGAAAUAAUUUCGGAUUUUGAGCUGAGCAUAGGCUAAUGUAGAGGAAAGUGUGGGCUGCAAAAUGAGACCACUCCACGACCUUUUUACAAAAUGCGUUUUUCCUCGAAACUGUUUUUUUGCUACCGGGCUUCAUUGGACCACAUUAUGACCCCCGUUAAAUUUUAUCCAAUCGAGUUAAAAAUUUUACUAGAGGUACGCAAGGCACUAUUGCAGAGGUAAAUUUUUUGAAUUUUAUUUUAGACCUUUUCCUGCUAUAAAUGAAAACCUUGAUUUUUGAGAUGUUUUUCAGCAGUACUCAGAGGCGUAGUUACUGGGGGGUGGUCACCACCCCCCUGGUUUUAGAAAAGGGUGUUUUUACUAUCGUCGCAUAAAAUUUUUGAUACGUCUUAUAGCAUGGAGAAGCUGAGUUUCCAUUUAAUUGGUGGUCCUGCCAAAGUUUUGGGAAGGACCACUCCCCUGCUCUGACAUGCUAGCUACGCCCCUGGCAGUACUGGGCGAGUCCAAGUCAUGAUUCGGGCUCGGGUCGCAUUUCUUUAAUGACUCAGACUUGACUCUGACUCGAAAAUUGGAAGACGUUGACUCGACUGUUUGACUUGAGUCAUUCAUUCGAAAAAAAUCCUAUUCAUUAACUGCUUUGCAUACAUUUCCUCUUGUAUAAAUCUGGGUUAUUUCUGAAUACUCUUUCUUAUUCUAUUUUAUUGUUACGUUUAAACAUCAAAGACGCCUUCGUCAGGCAAAAGUAGAAUAAAUGUGAAGAACAUAUAAUUAAUUAGAGUAUAAUAUGUAAAAUUAAAAAAUAGAUAACGAAUACUGAAAAGUUGUAGUUAACGUUCUCUAUAAACAUAAAUAGUAAUCGGAAAAAAAUAGAAAAAUAAUAUUGACUCGACAGGGGUAGCAGAAUCAUGGGAAAGAUGAGGAUGUCAUCGCUAUAGGUUUUUGAAAGUUUCGCUUGAGAUGGGUUUUUAUCUAGCAAAAUCUUUUUCAGAAGUAUUCGUCUGGUACUGAAUUUGCCAUUUACUGGGACAGGAUUUUUAAUAGCGCAAUGGGAAUAACACAUGAAAAACUGAGAUCUAUUAUAAUUUGCACCGUGACUUUUAAAUUUCUAACUGUAAGUCUGGGUGAAUUCUGUUUGAAUUGCAACUUCUAAAUAUAAAACUUCUACUACGACAUUGAUUCCAUCAUGACAAAAAAUUUUAUUAAAAACACUGCACUGGACUUAGCUUUUUAGUUCAUCUGUCCGUUAUAAUAUUCAGCAUCCUAGGAUCUUUCUGUUUUUUCUUCUAUUCAGAGAUAAUUUAUUUUCUGACAGUUUUCUACUAUCUCGUUUUUAGAGAAAAGGAUUAUACACAGCAUCCACUUUAAUCAGAAUGGAAGUUGUUUCAAGACGGUGGAUGUUAUUGCUUGUGUUUUUAUUUUUAGAUAGUUCUGAUUUUUAUCAUGUGGCAAUUUACAGAAACAUUGGGCGAAGGUGCCUACGGAGAAGUUGUACUAGCUAAAAAUGUCCAUACAAACGAAUUUGCAGCAGUGAAAGUUAUUGAUUUGAAUCGAUUACAUGGAAAUGAUGUUGUUAUCAGAAAAGAGAUUGAUUUACAUCGUUCAUUGAGACAUGAGAAUAUCGUUCGUUUUUACGGUUAUAAACAACAACAAUCAAACUAUUAUUUAUUUUUGGAAUAUGCGGCUGGUGGAGAAUUGUUCGACAAAAUUGAGCCCGAUGUUGGUAUGUCUGAAGAUCGCGCACAACAUUAUUUUAAACAAAUUGUUGAGGGAAUGGAAUAUCUUCAUUUACAUGGUGUGGCACAUCGCGAUUUAAAGCCAGAAAAUUUAUUGGUAACUAAUGAUGAUGUUUUGAAAAUUUGUGAUUUUGGAUUAGCAACAUUGUUUCGACAUAACAAUAUCGAACGAAAUCUAACAACAUAUUGUGGUACGGCACCGUAUUCGAGUCCAGAGGUUUGGGCUAAAAUUCCUUAUCGUGGUGAACCAGUUGAUAUUUGGUCAUGUGGAAUUAUUUUAAGUGCUAUGUUAACUGGAGAGUUACCAUGGGAUCAGCCAUCACCACAAAAUCCAGAAUAUUUACGUUGGGCAUCGGGUGACUAUUUCAGUAAUCCAUGGAGAAAAAUCGACAAUCUUGUUCUUGCUUUAUUGCGUCGUAUUUUACAGCAUGAUCCACAAAAACGUGCAGUUGUUCGAGAAAUAAAAGCACAUCCGUGGUUUGUCAAAGCAUUUACACAAGGAGAUCCAAAUUCGGAUUAUAAGAAACAUGCUAUUUCGUCACUUAUUCAUGAACAAUCAGAUGCUGCAUGGAUAAAUAGUCUUUCACAACCAGUUAGACUUGAUGAUCUUGUUCUGAAUACAGAAAUGAUUCCGUUAUCUGCCAUGGGAGAAAAUCCAGUUCAACAUCUCGUACAUCGUAUGACACGUAUUGUUUUAACAUCAUCAUUUAAUGAAACAAUUGCUCAUUUGACAAAAUUAUUUGAUCAAUUGGGUUAUAAUUGGAAAACAACGGCUGCUAAUCAAUUAACGGUAUUUUCACAAGAUAGACGACGAAAUGAAUUAAUAUUUAAAGCAAACAUAUUUAAACUCAAUGAUUUAAUUAUGGUUGAUUUUCGUCUAUCAAAGGGAGAUGGUAUUGAAUUUAAACGACGUUUUAUUACUAUUAGAGAUCGUUUAAUGUAUAUUUCGGCAACAACAAAUGGUUCAGCAAAUGGUUUUCAUUCAACAAAUACAACGUCUACGUUGAGAGCAGGCGACAGUAAUAUUGGUUCAAGAAUGGAAGCAAUGGAUACUUAG